CAAAAUAUCCCUGCUCAGCCAAAAACAAAAAAAUUAUUCUUAUUUGUUAGUUAAAAAAAUCACUUCCCAUUGCAAUUGAAAAUUCUGUUUUACGAUAUACAAACUGUGAUGCUUAGCCAUCUGGGAAAAAAUAAAAAAUAAAAAAGAACUUGGUGUAUAAUGUGUACUAAAAUAUGUUUCUUUGUCUUUGUAAACAGGGACCAUCAUGACAAUUUCAAAAGACAGGGUGAAGCCAUCUCCGAAACCCGACAGUUGGAAGCUUAAUGAAAUAUUUGCAACCGGUGUUGUCAUUGGCACUUAUCUUGCUUUAAUUACUGUCUUGUUUUACUGGGUUGUAGGAAGCACUUCUUUCUUUGAGAACCAUUUUGGUGUGGAGUCUCUAUCCAGUACUGAAGAAAUUUCAUCAGCUAUGUAUCUUCAAGUCAGCAUUAUCAGCCAAGCUCUUAUAUUUGUUACCCGCAGUCAAAGUUGGUCAUUUAUGGAGAGGCCUGGGAUUCUCCUGAUGUGUGCAUUUGUUGUGGCUCAAUUGUUUUCCCAUUUUGCAUGGGUCCAAGCAGAUAGAAAAUCUGGGAGGCUUCGUGAUCCAAAGUAUCCAUUGAUUUCUUAUUUUACCAAAUCAAUUUCAAAAUCCUAUGGUGUGUUGAUUCCAGAUCAGUUGGUUCAGAUCAAACUGCAUCAGAAAAGUAGUAUUCCUUUUUCUCCCCAUGGCUUUAUACUAAACCGAGUGAGACUAAGAUGGUGAGUUAUAUGAUUUAAUAAUUGUAGCUCUGUUUUUGACUUAACAAUAACCUAUGAUGCCUCUGUUUUGUGUGGAGACCCUUAAACUAUCACUUUGUGCCCUCAAUUAGGGACAAAUAAUGUACAUCAAAAUUCGGAACAUUGAGAAACAAUUUCCGCUAUAAUGGAGUUCAAAUGCUGAAAAAUUUGACUCCGGUGCAAAUAACUAGCAUAUUAGCAUAUAUAAUUAAGAUGGCCAACGUAUUCGCUUUAUUUUUGCCUAUGAAUGAUCCACAAUUCUUAAAUCAUGUUUUCUAAUUCAAUAUUUGACAAUUUUGCUUGCCAUUUCAAUUCAUAAAAUAAAGUUUAUAGAAUUUAAUGACAAUGUGUCGUGUCUUUGUCUAACGAUAGCACAAUCACCAUAGCUUUAUUCCUAGCUAAUAAUGGUG